AUGGGGUUCUGCCCUGUCUCAGAGAUAUUUCAGAAAGUAAUGGAAAUGUUCUGUACACAGCCUAAAACCAUGGCCAAAGGCAAUAAGGUGGAAGGGAAAGGGAAGGUCAAAGGCACAGUGGUGUUGAUGAAAAAGAACGUGUUGGACUUUAAUGAUUUAAGAGCUUCAUUUCUUGAUCGGGUUCAUGAGUUGUUGGGCAAAGGUGUAUCUAUGCAGCUUGUCAGUGCUGCUAAUCAAGACCCAGAUGGCUUGCGAGGGAAGCUUGGAAAAGUAGCAUACUUGGAGAAAUGGGUUACCACAAUCACACCAUUAACAGCUGGAGAGACUCUGUUCACAAUUACUUUUGGAUGGGAUGAAAGCAUGGGUCUUCCUGGGGCUAUCAUCAUUAAAAACCAACACCAUAGCCAGAUCUAUCUCAAGACAGUCACUUUAGAAGAUGUUCCUGGGCACGGUCGGGUACAUUUCAUAUGCAAUUCCUGGGUUUAUCCUGCGCAUCGUUACAAGUAUAAUCGUGUCUUUUUCUCAAACAAGGUAUAUCUUCCAUGUCAAACACCUGAGCCAUUGCGGUUAUAUAGAGAAGAAGAGCUUAUAAACCUCCGUGGAAAUGGAAAAGGUGAGCUGAAAGAGUGGGAUAGAGUCUACGACUAUGAUUAUUACAAUGAUUUGGCGAGUCCCGACAAGGGUGAAGAAUAUGCACGCCCUAUUCUUGGUGGAACAGAAGAGUAUCCAUAUCCCCGAAGAGGAAGAACAGGCCGGAAGAAAACAAAAAAGGACCCCCAUACUGAGAAAAGAUUGCCGCUUCUAAGUCUGGACAUCUAUGUUCCAAGAGAUGAACGGUUUGGGCAUUUGAAGUUUUCAGAUUUUCUUGCCUAUGCUUUGAAAUCCCUGGUUCAGAUAUUGCUCCCAGAGAUCACAUCUUUAUGUGACAAAACUAUCAACGAAUUUGACACCUUUGAAGAUGUUCUAAACCUCUAUGAAGGGGGAAUUAAGCUACCGAAUGGACCCAUGCUCAGUAAAAUAAGGGAUCACAUCCCGUGGGAGAUGCUCAAGGAACUGCUUCGUGAUGAUGGAGAGCGGUUCCUCAAAUUCCCAAAGCCUGAUGUUAUCAAAGAGAGCAAGUCUGCUUGGAGGACAGAUGAAGAGUUUGCACGGGAAAUGCUUGCUGGAGUCAACCCAGUUAUCAUCAGUCGCCUCCAAGAGUUUCCCCCAGCCAGCAAGCUAGACCCUAAAGUAUAUGGAAAUCAGAACAGCUCAAUAAGGAAAGAGUUAAUAGAAGAGAACAUGGAUGGUCUAACUGUAGAUCAGGCAAUCAAAAACAACAGGCUGUUUAUAUUGGAUCAUCAUGAUGCAUUGAUGCCAUACCUGAGGCGAAUAAACUCAACCAGCACAAAGACUUACGCCUCUAGAACAAUCCUCUUGCUUCAAGAUGAUGGGACAUUGAAGCCAUUAGCAAUUGAGUUGAGUCUACCACAUCCACAAGGGGACCAUCAUGGCGCUGUCAGCAAAGUUUUCACUGCAGCAGAACACAGUGUUGAAGGCUCAGUAUGGCAACUGGCCAAAGCUUAUGCUGCUGUAAAUGAUUCUGGAUACCAUCAGCUUAUUAGCCACUGGCUGAACACUCAUGCUGUAAUAGAGCCGUUUGUGAUUGCCACAAACAGACAAUUGAGUGUUCUUCACCCAAUCUAUAAGCUUGUGCAUCCUCAUUUUCGUGAUACAAUGAAUAUAAAUGCCUUGGCUAGGCAGAUCCUUAUCAAUGCUGGUGGAGUUUUGGAGAAAACUGUUUUCCCAGCCAAAUAUGCCAUGGAAAUGUCUUCUUUUGUUUACAAGAACUGGGUUUUCACUGAGCAGGGACUCCCUACCGAUCUCCUUAAGAGAGGAGUGGCAGUUCCAGAUUCAAGCCAACCACAUGGCCUCAGACUUCUGAUAGAAGAUUAUCCCUAUGCUGUUGAUGGGCUAGAAAUCUGGUCAGCAAUUGAAACAUGGGUCAAGGAAUAUUGCGCUUUUUACUACCCCACAGAUGAUUUGAUCCAAGGUGAUAGUGAACUCCAGUCAUGGUGGACAGAGAUCCGUAAUGUAGGCCACGGUGACAUGAAAGACAAACCCUGGUGGCCUGAGAUGCAGACAUUAGCUGAUAUCACACAAACAUGCACCAUUAUCAUAUGGAUAGCUUCAGCCCUCCAUGCUGCUGUCAAUUUUGGGCAAUAUCCUUAUGCUGGUUACCUCCCCAACCGUCCGACCAUAAGCCGUCGAUUCAUGCCUGAGGCAGGGACACCUGAGUACGCCGAGCUUGAGAAAAAUCCAGAUGUAGCCUUCCUGAAAACAAUCACAGCCCAGCUACAAACCCUCCUUGGUGUAUCACUGAUUGAGAUUUUAUCAAGACAUGCAACUGAUGAGAUUUACCUUGGACAGAGAGAUACUCCUGAGUGGACUUCAGAUAGUGAACCACUAGUGGCAUUUGAGAGAUUUGGAAGGAAGCUGAUAGAAAUUGAAAACAAAAUUAUGGAUAUGAACAAUGACAAGAGAUGGAAAAACAGAGUGGGGCCUGUAAACGUUCCUUACACUUUACUCUUUCCUAACACCACAGAUUACUCCAGAGAGGGUGGGCUCACAGGCAAGGGCAUUCCUAACAGUGUCUCAAUCUAA